AAUUUGGUAAAAUUCGACCUUGUGCAUACACGUCAAGGUCAAGCCUAGAGUUGGAUGUCUGCAAUGGCAGACAGUGCGUCAGAGCUAGACUUGGAGUCUGAUGCGAGUUCAGUUGAUGGAACCAAAGAUUUGCUGGUUACAAAUGAACAGGUUUUACGGCGUAUUGAAUCGCUACAGCAAGAAAAUCGCGUUUUGAAGACUGAAGUCGAAACCUUGAAACUGAAAAUCAAAGGAUUGAAUGAUUUAAAUCAACAAUUGCGUCGAAACAGUGUUAGUAUACAAGCAAAAGCAGAACAAGAGGAGGAGUACAUUAGCAAUACAUUGUUAAAAAAGAUCACUGAAUUAAAGAAGGAAAAAGAAUCAUUGGCGAUAAAUUAUGAACAAGAAGAAGAGUGUCUGACUAAUGAACUCAGUCGUAAGUUCACACAACUGAGACAAGAGAAAGAUGCACUUGAACGAACUUUGGCACGUGAGCAAGAGAAUCAGGUUAGCAAGCUAAUGAGAAGGAUUGAAAAAUUAGAGGCGGAUAUGAAUCAGAAACAAGACUGCUUAGAUCAGCUGCGCAGAGAAAAAAUUGAACUCGAAAAUGCUCUUGAACAAGAGCAGGAGGCUUUAGUAAACAGGUUAUGGAAAAAGAUGGAAAAACUUGAAGCUGAAAAGAAAAUGUUACGAGAAAAACUUGAAUCCGUUGGAGCUCCUUUACCAAUCCAAUUAAGUAGUCAAAAUCUUGACAACAAUCCAGAGGGUACUAGUGUACCUUUUACUAAUUCUACAAUACCUCGACCUUUAAGCAGUGGACCCGGAAGCUUGCGUAGUUCUUUCAGACAACAUGGCCGUCCGUUAAAUGCUUCAUCUUCUGGUUCGGUUGCUGCUUCACUGGGAGUAAUUACCAGUCUUGUUUCUACUAGUCAAAUCGCUGUUUCAUCCGCUGGUGAAGAAAAAACUGUAUCGAAUCAAAACACUUGUAUUCAAAAUGAUGUUGUGGGUCAGAAACCAGGUGCAUCAGAAUGCAAUGGUGCAUCCUUCCCACUGCUACCCCAAAGUCCUAUGGAUAUCGAUGCAUUAGAUCCGAAUGCAAGUGGUGCACCCAGUCCAUGUGGAAGUGUUGGUGUGAUAUCACCUCAAGCUACUGUGAUUAAUCCACCCAGUUUAAAAAUUCCUCCAACAUUCUCUAAUGCGCGUAAGGUAUUUAUGCCUCAGGAACUGUCUAUGUUUGGUCAGACAUCAGAUGAACUUCAGUGUCCUUCAACUCAUGUCAUAACCCUUUCGUAUGUUAAUCGUCUACGUGAUGAGGUAUGUCGUCUUCGUCAAUUGCUUCAACGAUAUGAGGCAGAGUCGGCUCGAAAGAUGCCUCAAUAUGAAUCAGAGGAAAAAUCAGUUGCAGAAGAAAACCGUCGUCUCAGAAAGUUACUUCAAAUUGAGAAGGAAAGGCGGGAGGCUUUGUCCAAACACUUGAGUGAAAGUGAAUCAAGUUUAGAAAUGGAAGAUGAAAGACAUUUUAACGAAGCUAGCCGUACCUCCCGCCUUAGAACCAUUUCUGACUGCUCAUCACCAUUCCCAACUCCUGUUUCUGCACUUGGACGUCUUCUGGGAAUGCAUCUUCGUCGCUUUAUGGUCCUGGUCAUGCGUUUGCAGUUGCGGUUGCAGCUAGUGUGGCUGGUCAUUCGGGUUCACGUGUUUGUCGAGAAUGUGGUCAACCACUUAUUUCUUCUUGUUCAGCUGAUGCCUCAGGCGGCCGAUCACUGUCAAAUUCAACGCAUAAUCCGACUUAUGCAAGUAAUAUACGCGGUUGCUCUGUUCGUUGCUGCUCUCCAGUCGGUAAUUUAAAUACGUCAGAAGUUCGUACUUCAAACUCUCCAUCUACACCAACAACAUCGUCUUUAAAUAGUGAUCGUUUGUGAAGCCAAUUUAUCCAGCUGCUGCUAGCCCACAACAAAGUACGUUCUUUUACAACACAAUGCCAUCUUUGUCUGCUGAUGCUAAUCGUAAUGCUACAUCGGCAAAACGACUCUCCGCUUAUUCGGUUAGCAAUAAAGAUAUCCAGAAACCAUCAGAUCUUGAAGAUGGAGAUGAAGAAGAUGACUCACGAUGCAUUACACCGCCAAGUUGUCGAACUUAGUCUACAGCUUGGAAAUUUAUUUUACUAAAUUGGCCAGUUGAGUUUGACAUUUGCACUAAAAUGAAGAUGUUUACGAUUUCAUAUUGACUUUGCUGGUUCAUUAAUCACUGUAAAAUUUCUGUCUUCUUCAUUCCUUUGUUUUCAUGUGCUAAGUGUAAUAUAUCCUACGGAUGUGAUUUGGAUCCACCUUUCAUAAGUGUAUAUCGUUUCUAAGUACUAUUUAUUUUGGUCAUAUUUUCAGUCAUUAUUCAAGUACCCUUAAAUGCUAUUUACAUUAGAUACAACCAAAUGUGAAUGCUUGAAUUCAUUUGCCUUAUAUCCAUGUCUUCUUGAUAUUCACCCUUCUUAAAGUAUUCAACUCGUUUGACAAUUAGUUCACCUCCUUUUUAGUUUUUCAUUCCUCCAACCUAUGCUGCUGCUGUCUGUGUACCUGCCUGUUUUCGGUGUCUAGUUUGACUUUCCUUUUCUAAUUAUUUCGUUGACUGAAUUAUCAACAUUUUGUAUAUUAAACUUUCUAUUGUUUUCAUCAAAUGCAUCUUCAUGUCUGUGAAAUACAUUUUCUCAUUUCUUUCCUUUCCUUCCGCUCUGAUGGUAUUGUUGUCUGACCAGUUUCUAGUGGUUCAUUUAUGUAGAUUGUCAGUAGAUUUCACUUGAAGCUUCUCUCUGUUCCCCCUUUCCAUUUUCAUUUCUUUGCCUUUCACACUCGAGGAAGCGGAGUAGAUUGAGCCAUUUGGUUUGUACAAUUUUCACAAUGAUAUGCAAAAUUUUGUUAUUAUGGGGGAUUGCAUAAGCUCACCUGCACUGGCAUUGUUGUUCCUACUUGUUUUUUCCUACUUUUUAGCGCCAGAGUAGGUGAGAAACCUGUUCUCAUGUUACUCAGUAGUUGUAUGUCGUGUAAAGCUCUUCCUUUGAAUGAUGAUCAUAAUGAGCAGAUAUCUUGUCACAUACCGCUAGAAAUUUCUUUUUGUUUUGUUUUCUCUUAUGUAGUAUGUCUCAUCGUUGUAUCCCUUAUUUUUUUUUGUUUGACACAUCGACUCUGUGUAGUGAUAUUACUGGCCUGUUCUGAUAAAAUAUAUUUGUUUAUGAAGCAAUAGUAUCAUUCAAUAUACUAGUAAUGCGGAAAAUUGUGCUUUGAUUUUUAAUUUUCAGUUUGUCUGAUAUGUGUGCAUUUUUGUUUGUGUUUAUUAUAGAGUCUGUUGUAUUGUUUCACACUGCACUAAAGUUCUCACGUAUACUGUAAAAAAAUAAUCUCAUGUGGUGUUCAUAU